CAUUACAAAAUAUGGCCCCAUUUGUUCAUAUCAUCUUGUAGAAUGUUUAGGUAUCUCUUCCUACAUUAAUUAUAAAUAUGUCUGAUAUGUUAUUUUUUUCUACAUAUAGAGCAAUGGAUCUGAGUCGGAGGAAAGAAAGACAGAGUUGGUUGGUCGAGGACGUGGUAGAGGUAGAGGUGUAAGGGGUCGUAGUUCAGGUGAAAGCGCUUAGUCCAGUAGGGGAAGAGGUAGAGGGAGAGGACGUGGACGAAGCAAAAGCAAGGGUAGAAGCCCACAAAGACUUGAAAAGUCAGACAAGGAAAGAAUAGAGGAUAUGUGGGAAAAAAGGAAAGAGGAAAUGAAGGGCAUUAUUGCCAGAGUAGAUGAACACAAGUUGAGAGAAUUGGUUCUGAAUAUAAUAGAACGUGAGCCAGGACUAAUUUUUGACUUGUGCGAGGCAGCAGGGGAUGGAAACGGUGGGGAUAGACCAGAUCCAAAAACACAGACUUAUCCUGUCCCUAGUUGGUGCAAAUGCAACAGUUACCGUGCAAUGCCCACAGACUUGAAGAACAAGUGCUGUGGCUGCUUGCCAAGAAACUGCAUAGCAGCUAGACCUCAAAUGGACAGGAUUGUCCUUGACCUAGAGGUGCUUGCCAUUGGCAACAGGUAUUAUAGAGACAUGCUUGGUCGGCACAGUCAGAGGGUAGAAGACAAUAAUAAGAGUAUAUCCUGUCCUUGACCUAGAGGUGCUUGCCACUGGCAAUAGGUAUUAUAGAGACAUGCUUGGUUGGCACGGUCAGAGGGUAGAAGACAAUAAUAAGAGUAAACGACACGCUGCCUACAGAAACUUUACCUUGUGGAGGCAUGGAAGGCUUAGGGCAGGAAUUAGACGGGUUACCCCGAGUUGUUGCAUUUGGCACAGACAUUUAGUGCAUUUUUUAAGUAAAAACACACCAUAUCAAACUUCUUGGCUCUGUAUUUUGUAGCUUCAGGCAAAAAGAUUUGAAUAUGUGUUUUCUUAUAUAAUUUUCUGAAGAAAAAAAACAACAAAAAACAACUCCCAUUGUUAUAUACUGCAUAACAUUGUGUUUCUGGAAUAGUAUUGCUUGGUGGGGAAUUCGAGGAUUGGGAUGGGAAGAUUUUAUUCAUUGUGUUCAACUACCUGUGCUUUUUCGAACACCGCCAAAGGUAGUAUUUUUUCAUUUAGGGGGCAAUGAUCUAACAAAACAUUCAUUACGCUUCAUUUUUAAAAUGGUACAGGAAAGCAUUCAAUAUAUAACAUCCGCUUUUCCCCUGACUCUGAAUUCGUCUGGGUUGAUAUUUUGCAGCGAAUUAAUUGGAGUGUUGGCAAUGACGAAAAACGUCUAAUAGAAAAGAAAAGGAAACGUGUAAAUCAAUUUGGGUGCAAAAUAAUUAGGCUCAAGCAACCAUCAUUGUGUGCGAUUCGAUAUUGAUGAAAGUACACCAGGUUUCUUUAGGAGCAAUGGGGUUCAUCUAUCUGGUGUAGGCCUGGAUAUGUAUAUUGAUACAAUACAGGAAACUUUAUUACAAAUAUUGUAAUAAGAAUUUUGGGGAAAUAAAUAAUAAUUUAUUCUGUGGCGGAAAAUUCUUUUUCUUAGGUGCGACCAGGAGUCCCUUGCUACAAUUUGCGAGUGUCUUUUUUUAUACAGGGAGAUAAAAAAUUCACAUUGCAUACCUAUGGUCGUGGAAUAUUCCAUAGUGGUUGUCUGUGGGUAGACUGCGAUUUGUAGGAUUCAAAAUUACUUAUUUGGGUUAAAUGGGCCUUCAAGAACUGGCCAGAUAGCUAUGACUAGGCGUUCUUUGAUGAGCUCUAAUUUUGUUAGGCCUAUCUAAUGUUAAGCACUCUAUAACUAUGUUGCACUGGUGGUUAUAUCAGGUACGGCGGAGUUCCUUGGCUACUGGUUA